UCUACAUCCCCCGGAAAACCCCUCUCUCAUUUUCUCUCUCUAAAAACCCUUCUUCUUCUUCUUCUUCUUCCUAUUCUUCUUAUAUUUCAAAUUUGAAAUUCAGAUUCAGAUUUAAAAUUCGAAUCCAUGGAUCGAGGAUGGGGAGGUCUGACGCUCGAUUCGCAGUCUCCAGAUCUCAUAAACCCUAACUGCCGUCUCAAAUUCCCCAAUUCCCCGGUCUCCGACGCCCCUCAGAAGACGGAGUUGUUUAGGUUUCCGGUGAGUUUCGCCCGUUUCCGUGACCGGGAAGACGAUCAUUUCUCGUCCACCGGCGACGACGACAACGACCGGAAAGUUCCGAGCGAAGUGGAUUUCUUCGCCGACAAGAAAUAUAUGGUUUUACGCGGCAGUGAUGGCGGCGACGGCUUACGAGUCAAGGAAGAGGACGGCGAUGGUCGCACCGAUGUAAACACUGGAUUGAAUCUUCUAACGACGGGUAAUAACACCGGAAGUGAUCAAUCUGUGAUCGAUGAUGGGAUAUCUGCGGAUAUGGAAGAGAAGCGAACAAAGAACGAGUUGGCGGAGUUGCAACUUCAACUGCAGCGAAUGAACUCGGAGAAUCGAAAGCUUAAGGAAAUGCUUGAUGAAGUGUACAAGAAUUACAAUUCAUUGUACCGGCAACUUGCACUGAUGCAACAGCAGCAGAAUAUUCCCAAUAAGGCAAUAGAGGGGAAACCAAUCGAGACGCAAUUGCAAGACGGGGUGAAUGUGCCGAGGCAAUUCAUCGGGUUAGCCGGCCCUUCUGAGGCGGAGGACGUAUCCAAUUCUUCAUCGGAGGAGAGAACUCGAUCGGGUGCUUUGCCUGUUAACAAAGUCGAGCUUGAAGGGGAUGAUGACCUAAGGGGAGAGAAGAGACUUGCACGAGAAGACAGCGCCGAGACUGAGUCGAACAACAUUUGGAAAGCUCCGAACAAGCUUCAGAAGGUGAAUAACAGCAGUUCUCAAACCGAUCAAUCCACUGAGGCCACUAUGAGAAAAGCCCGUGUCUCUGUUCGUGCUCGAUCAGAAGCUCCAAUGAUAAGCGAUGGAUGUCAAUGGCGAAAGUACGGACAAAAGAUGGCCAAAGGCAAUCCAUGUCCACGAGCUUACUACCGUUGCACAAUGGCCACAGGCUGUCCCGUACGUAAACAAGUUCAGCGUUGUGCAGAGGACAAAUCGAUCUUGAUAACGACCUACGAGGGGAACCACAACCACCCGUUGCCGCCAGCUGCGGUGGCUAUGGCCUCGACGACCACUGCGGCAGCGAACAUGCUGCUCUCCGGUUCGAUGGCUAGCCACGAUGGUUUAAUGAACCAUACCAAUUUGCUAGCCCGAGCUGUACUUCCUUGCUCUUCAAGCAUGGCCACCAUCUCGGCCUCGGCCCCAUUCCCCACCGUCACGUUAGACCUCACCCACACGCCGACUCAGCCGCCAACACCCUUUGGCUCCCCUUUGGCUCGGCAGCUGACUCCGCCGCAGCAGCAAAUGACGAAUUUGCCCCACGGCUUGUUACCUCAUGUUAUAGGACAAGCUUUGUAUAACCAGUCCAAGUUCUCGGGAGUUCAGUUCUCUGGCAACGUCAACGGUUCUCCGGCGGCUCCUCCGCCGCAGGUGUUGGCCGAUACGGUUAACGCGAUCACAGCGGACCCUAAUUUCACGGCUGCUCUCGCCACCGUGAUUUCUUCUAUGUUCAACGGGUCGAGUGUCGGAGACGGCGAAGGAAACCGGAAAAACCAGUAGAAAGACAGAAAAAGGCCAAUGGAUUAGAUUCUUAAACCGAGUUUUUACCUGAAGGUAAACCUUUUUUAGCCAAAGUAAAAUUAUUUUAACGUUUAGCAUUUUUCAAAUUUUUUUUUAAAGUUAGAACGAUGUUUGUUUAUAAUUUGUUUAUUAUUUUUCUUUCUGUCUCCGAUCAAGAGUUUCUUUUAUUCUCA